AUAAUUUAAAGAGGCGGAUAAUUUAACGAACACACACAGUUUACAGUUUGAACACGACAAACAAUUAACAAAAACAAAGAGAGCUAGAGAAAGCAAGAGUAAGGCAUGACGACGACGAGUAUGAAGCAACAACAACAUGGAGGAGCAAACUCUUCACAAGAUGAAGGGAAAAUCAAGGAAGAGAAAGAUUCUAAUAACAAUAAUCGUCGUAAGAGGGUUAUUGAUCCAUCAUCGAAUGAUGGAGGUGGGAAUAAUGGAAAGGAAAUUGUAAAUGAGGAUGAAAGUUUGACACAAUCUACUGUUGAGCAUAAUAUUAAGAAAGAUUCCGACGUUAAUAAACAGGGCAAAGAACUUGAGUCAACAAAAGCUGAAAUAGGUGAAGUAAUGGAAGAAAACCAAAGGCUUAAACAAUACCUAAAUCAAAUGAUGAAUGAUUAUCAAAUGUUACAAAGCAAAUUCUAUGAAAUCUCUCAACAAGACUCAAAACAACUCAAGGCUAUGGCCGCAACUCCUCCUCCUCCUCCUCGAGCUUCAUGUGAUGAUGAAGAAGAAGAAGAAGAAGAAGAAGAAGCAGAUAAAGACCUUGUUUUCCUUAGUCUAGGUAGAUCUCCAAGUCUCGACUCUAAGAAGGGAUAUACUAAUAGUAAGUUAAGUUCACCAUCCAAAUUAGCGACGAAUCAUAGCAAAAAUGUUGACAUGGAAGCUAAUGAGAGAAGCUUGGAUCUAGGAUUAGAGUGCAAGUUUAAAGCUUCAAGUACGAUGGAUCAUCAUCAAAACCUCAAUGGGACAAAAGAUGGAGAAGCUCUUAAGAGCAAUAAUGUUACAAGUGGUGGUAAUAGUAAUGGAGACGACGAAUUAGUACACCAACCCCCUAUGAAGAAAGCUAGAGUUUCAGUUCGAGUUAGAUGUGACACUCCAACUAUGAAUGAUGGAUGUCAAUGGAGAAAGUAUGGGCAAAAGAUUGCUAAAGGAAACCCUUGCCCUCGAGCUUAUUAUCGUUGCACUGUUGCUCCAUCAUGUCCAGUAAGAAAACAGGUGCAAAGAUGUGCUGAAGACAUGUCCAUCUUGAUCACCACAUAUGAAGGUGCACACAACCAUCCACUCCCAGUCUCAGCAACCGCAAUGGCUUCCACCACUUCAGCAGCAGCCUACAUGUUAAUGUCUAAAUCGUCGACAUCUUCAAAUCUCGGAUCACCCCCUUAUACGACCACCACAACGACACCUAUUGGAGAGCAACUUCAUGGAGGCCUUAAGUUCAAUAUCCUCAAUAAUUCUGAACAAAACCCAUUUUUUUCUCCAAAUUCCUCUACAUUUUCUCCUACUCCUAUACACCCUACAGUAACCCUAGACCUUACUUCAACCCCUUUAUCAUCCACAAAUAAUAACCAAUUCAAUAAGGUUGCUCCAAAUUUAGGUUCAAGGUAUUCUUCCACAAAUCUCACCUUCAAUUUUUCGGAAAAUUCUAAUAAUAAUAAUCCCCUUUACUCUUGGUCUAAUGGAUUAUUACCUAGCUAUGGAACUCAAUCCUACAUCAAAAAUACCCUAAAUAAUAGUCCACUAAAUAAUAUUGGAUUAUCAAAUAAUAAUACAUACAAUUUCCAAAGUAAUCUCUUGCAAAAGAGUAAUAUCUCUCAUAAUAAUCCUCCUAAUAAUCAUGAUACAUUUGCUCAAGCAGCUAAGGUUCUUACUUCAGAUCCAAGUUUUCAAUCAAUUCUAACCGCCACCUUGUCAUCCUUCAUCAAUGGAAAUAAUGGCAAUGCUAAUAGCAAAAUAGUUGGAAAUUACACAAGCAAUAGUCACCUUGAAGGAGGCGGUCGCCAUACUUCUUCUACAAAUAGCUCAUUAUUUCAAUCCACAAGCAAUAAGGACACUAAUGGAUGUGUUUCAAGCUUGUCCAACAAGGUUCCUAUUGCACCAAAUUCAGAAUUAGCUCAAAGUAGCCAUAUGUUUCUUACUUCUUCAUUGCCUUUCUCUUCUACUAAAAGCACAUCUUCCUCCCCUGAUAAUAUAAAUCAAACAAAUUGAAUAUUUGAAAAGCUUAUUGUAAAUUGUAGAUUGUUAAAUUAAAAAGUUAACAGUGAUGUGUAGAUUAUUAUUAUUAUUUAGUGAAAUAAUUUAAUAUUCAAGUCUUAUAGGAGUUUUGAACUAGUCUAUUUAUUAUUUUUUUCAAUC